AUGAGGUCAGAUUUUGAUGGAACUUCCGAGAGUGAGACUUCCGAACUUUCCAUUGUUCUGCCCUAUGGAUCGCGUUUUCGAGGCAAGAAACACUCCCAACCCUCGGAGGGCCAAAUUCGUCAGAAAAAGGGCGCCAGAGCCAUUCGACGCUAUGAAAAUGAUGCCUACCUGAGCACGCUUGCUAUGAUCACGGAAGCUACUGGCGAGGACGAGAUCGAUAACUACUGGAUUGAUAGGACCACUAAGGAUACCGGAUUUAAGUGCCUCUUUGUGGAUGCCGAGCAAAUAUGGGAUGCAUUUAUCUCUCUCUCGGAGACAAAACAGAUCGAGCUCCUUGGCAAUCUUUCCUCUCAGUCAGCUUUUGGCGAUGAUGAUGACGUUGACAUGGGUGAUGAUGUGGUUACACAUCCUCCGCCUAAGAAUUACAAUAACGCUAGUGGGAACAACAACAGCAGCCGCCAACGGCGUGGAAACAAGGGCCGCCCGCGUCGACGACCUGUUGUGCAUCUAGAACCCAUUUUUGAGGACCCUUUGGAGACGUCUGUUGAAGCUUUUGAGGCAUUGCGCGACAUGGUGGACAUCGUGACACCAUUUGACGGCAGUCGAAUCCCUUCGGUAACAGACCUUCCCUUCCCUCAAGACGUCGGUUCUGACGAUGCGGCCUUUCCUACACCGGGAAGUAUCUCACCGAAACUGCUCGAGUUCAUUCGUAACGUGGUGAAACAGCAGCAGCGGCAGCAGGAUUCUGGAGGCAGCGAUGCCGGUACAAAAGGCGGGCGCAAGAAACAGCGACGCUUCUGCGUACAGGAUCUCUGUCUUAUCCAUCGCGUAGAGGCGGAGUUACGGGCGGCCUUUGGAGCGGUCGAGUCGUCCGUCCGCGUGUGGACACCCUCCACGAGUCUCCUCAGGUCUUCAAUUCCGUCUAACGAAAAUCAGCAGGGAAGGAUGUGGGUUCGUGGUAGUCCGUUGGCUCUCAGUGGCUUCCAGAGGAUGCUCGUUCAUGCCACAGCCAACUACCUAGGCCUCCAUUCAUUUAGCACUUGGGACGGGCCGCUGUCAGAGAGGAAGCUGUGGGUGGACAGGAGAAGCGCUGAGUUUCGUCCGCCGACGCAACCUCUUUUGGCUGUAAUCAGAAGUACCAUAGAGGGCAUGUUGUCUGAGAAGUCCUGA